CGAGCGCCGCCGGGGGGCGGUGGGAGCGGGACGCCGGAGCCGGGCUGCUGCGCCCCGCGCGGGCGUCCCCGACGGAAGGGUCCCCGGCGGCAUAUAGAUCUCCAGCCUUGGGCAGGCCCUGCUCAGUCCCUGGAUGAAGAAGCCUUGAGAUUCCUGAGAUAUAUCAGCACCACCCAGAUUGCAUGUGAUCACAUGAGCACCGACAGCCUGGCUACCAACUCCAGCCCUGCAGAGAAGCCCUGGUCAGUCUGUCUUGAUGACAGGUUUGGCUUAGCUCAUCAAAUCCGCAACAAGCAAUGCUGUCUCUACUCUUUAGGGCUGGGAAGUGAUGAUACCCAUUUUGAGGUUCGCAUGGCCAACAAUGGAUGUGAAGUACAUCGUUUUGAUCCUAGCAUUAAGUCAGCUCAUGUUCUGGAGAGUCAGCGCCUUUGGUUUCACCGCUUGUCCAUCGACUGGCGGGACCCCCAUCCAGCUGUUGCUGCCCAAAAACUGCAUAGCAACACCAGAAAACUGAGAUCCAUUUUGAAUGAAUUUGGGCAUCACAAGAUUGAUGUUCUCAAAGCAGAUCUAGAAAGUGCAGAAUGGAAAGUUUUGGAAAAUCUUAUUCUGGAAGAUGUUCUUGAACAAAUUGGACAGCUCAUCUUUGAGAUCCAUCUCCACUGGCCUGGGUUCGAGGUCAGUGGCAGCGACAGCAGUGUUGUGCGGUUCUGGUACAGCCUCCUCAAAGAGUUAGAACUAAAGGAUUUCAGGCUUUUUCAUAGUUACAAAGAUUUAUCUAAACCUCAGCUAUUCCUGAAGAAAGACAUUUUCAAUGCAAGUAGCUCUUAUACUCUGAGUUGGGUGAAUACGAGAUGGAAAUAGGAUGCAGGACCUCAUCAAGAACUCAAGGAAAUAUUUGCAGAAUGGAGCAUGUCCAUGAUUCUAAUUAUUGGUUUACUUGUCCAGUCUCCCACUAGCCUAUUACCUGCUUGAGGCAGGGAUUGUGUUACUGCCUUUGUAGUGCAUGUAGCCUGGCGCCUGCCACAUGGAAGGGGCAGAAUUAAUGCUUGUUGGACACGGGAGUGCCACAGGAGUCCACCUCCAUGUGCCCACAACCAGGCCCUUUGCCUGUUUGCCUCUGACAGCGGGUGGAUGCUUCUCCUCCUUCAUUUUAACUUGGAAGACAAUCUCCCACUUAUCUCAGUUUUCUCUCAAAUUCAUUUUGUAUCUAUAAUCCAUGAAUUCACCAGCAUGAAAAAGAAAUUACGUACAUUUUCCAUUUUUACUGAGCUGAUGAGAUUCUUAACUUUGUAGCCUCCUGUUUAAAAAAGCGCCCUUCAUUUGACUUGUACUCACCUCUUUCAAGGUUUUUCUUGUUCACCUUGUCAAUAACAUUCUUUACAACCUUGUAGAUGUCAAUCAUUCCUCUUCAGCAGAGGCUGAGGCCAUGCUGUAGCUUUAUAGGAAUCAUUAAUUUGGUUUCUGGGAACUCAGACACACCAAAUUCUGUCACUAUGUGUAAAAGCCUAGACUACCAAAAACUUAAACUCAGGAUUCUUUUCAUACUCAGCCUUGAAUCCCCUUCUGUUCCUAUGAAACUAAGCACAGAACAGAAUUUGGGUGUCUUUACUGUUGCCUUUUCUGACUUGAAACCUGAUUUCUCAACCACAGACUUGCCUAUGCUGUCAAAUCUUUUUUGUUGUUUAAUACAUUAUCACAGAGAUUGAGUUUUUCUUUACUGCCAGUUGGCAUUCGUUACACGCCUGUGACCUGAGGGCCAGAGUCUCUUUCUUUCCUGGGAUGGUUACACAGUGUUUCAGUAGUACCAAUCCUUUUUGAUAUAUUUUUUUAAUUAAGUAAAAAAUGCAGGUUCUCAAUAGUUCAAAUGAUCUCUAUCAUUUCUAUUUACAGGAUUAUACAUUUACCCCUAUAAAUGAUUUUCAAAAAUCCUAUUUCAAAUAAAUUAAUUAAAUAGCAUAAAAAUACAUCAAAUU